GAGGUAGGGCUCUCUCGUUUCACACAAGAAAAGCGAGCUUUUCUUCAAGCUUUGUUCUUCCCAGCUAUGGUGGCGAUGGCGCAACAAGCCCUGAGGAAGGCGAUGGAUCGAUAGCGGCGCCGGCGAAUGGCGCGAGGGGGAUGUAGAUGUGAUGGAAUAGGAACGCCGCUAGAUUUCUAGCUAGAACAGGGAAAGGGAUCGAGAUAUUUCGGACAGGAUUGCUGGAAAUAUCUAUCGAUCGGUAGGAUGAAUCGUCGCGCGGCGGUGGCAGUGGCAGCGAUCUUGUGCUGCUCGAUCUUGCUGCUGCGCGCGUCGGCGAGCCUGCCGCCAGGGACCGAGUGUAUCCCAAUCUUGACGGAGCUGGAGCCGUGCUUGCCCUUUGUCCAGUACUCCGGGGAGAAGCCCACGGCGGUGUGCUGCUCGGUGCUGCGCGACGUCCACAACAAGAGCGCGCCUUGCCUGUGUCGAUUGAUCGCCAGUGAGAAGAACCAGCCGCCCACGCCCGGGAUCAAUCUUACCCUCGCCUUCUUGCUGCCGGAUGCGUGCCACUUGAAGGUCAAUCCGGAUCGAUGCCCUGCUCUCUUGCGCGGAGAUCCUUCCUGGUCGACGCAGCCGGAGGGAGGGUCCAACAGCGGCACCGCCGACUUGAGCGCUCCAGUGAUCGAUCUCAGCAGCUCGGCGGCGGCGGCGUGGCAGCGGCGGCAGCGGUGGUGGAGCUCGGGAGUCGCGGCGGCGGCGUUCGUCGUGCUUCGUGUCUAGGACAUAGAUUGGAUUGGCGAAAGAGAGCAUAGAUUUGGUCCAGGGCUUUUGGGAUGUGUGCUUUGGAGCUUUGAAGAAAUCUUUCCCCCUCUUUUUUUUC